AUGUCAGGGGAUUCGAGUAACACAUCUGGAGUAUCGACUGGAGUGAGUUCUUCUCGUCGCAGGGGUGGAGUGAUCAACGGAAUUCCGAAGAGCUGCUGGUGUGGUGAAGAAACUCUUCCUCUGAUGUCGAAAUCUGACAAAAAUCCUUACCGAAGGUAUUUUCGUUGUGCUUAUGCUGCAAGAAAGAAGCUUGAGAAUGAUAAUCAUAUCUUCAAAUGGAUUGAUGAGGCAUUGAUAAAUGAGGUUGAAAAACUUGAAUUCAAAAAUGCAAGACUUGAAGAAGAGUUGAGAGAGAUGAGAAGAAAUGAGAUCUUGUUGGGUGAGAGAGUUCAAAUGAAAGUGGAGAAAGAGCUGUUUGAUAAGGUGGAAGAAGUGUUGGCUGAAGCUAAAGGUAGCAUGAAGAAAACGUUGUUAUCAGCUGUCAUUGGAGGUGUGGUGUUGGUUGGUAUCAUGGAGCUUUGUCUCAAAUCAUGGUGA